GACUAGAACUUGACAAAGCCAUAUCUCAACAUGUCUGAUUUGAUGAUGAAGACGCGUCCUGGAUACAAAUGUCUUCUUAACAAGAAAAUACUCGAUCGAGUUAUUUUCCUUUCACGAAUUCUCAAUCUUACGCAACUUGAGAGACGCUUUGUGCACUUAAGCAGCCCCGAUGGUGCUUGGCGUUGUCCGUUGGAGGGCCAUUCAUCGGAAAUAGACCUUGCCCCAUUCAUUGACCACACGCAGCUCCAGCUGAGCGCGGAUCGAGCUGCCUUUGAAAAACUCUGUGGUGAGCCCCAGCGCUUUAAUUUCAAAGUGGUGUGUGUCAAUGGCUCACGCGUUGCCCUGUGUCGCGCCUUGCUCACACGGAACACAGCCAACACGGUCAAGGUUGGUGGGGUCUGUGGUUUCCCGCUUGGUCAAACGACAACGGCCAUUAAGGCCGCUGAAGCGAUGGUAAAAGCGAGCGGUGGUGUACGCGAUAGGCAGACUGCACUCCAGUAUAUUGAAACUGGUGUGCAUCGUAUCGGAACUAGUUCAGGUAUUGCUAUCAUCAGCAAAAAUGAACCACUAGAAACAUUUAAAGGAGGUUCUUAUUAAACAUCGAUAUCGGUAAUUUCUAUUUCGAAAAAUAACAUCAUAAAAGCUGUCUCUGUGUAUUUCUUGGAUAUUUUAACAAUUAGAAAACGUAUGUUUUUUCAAAAGGAAUGCAUCUAUUAAUUUUUGCUUCUUCUUUCAACGUUUAAAACGAAGCAUAUAAGGGCAAAGUCGAGA